UUCGGGGAUUCGAUGCAUCUCAAGAUUGAGGGCUAUACAUGGCUGGUAUAUUCCCAUGGGGACGAACUAGUUGGCUGCGCAAGCUUCGGCCAUGGUCCUUUUAUUCGCAUUCAUCACACUCAGUUUCGGCCUCGGUGCCGUCGCCCGGCCACAUGCGUCGGGCAUAAACAACAUCAAGAAUGUCAUUGUGCUUUGCUUGUGCAAGAGAAUCGGUCAUUUGACACGCUUGUCGGUGGCUUAACCUACAACCCGGACAUCCAUGGAUUGGUCAACAAACAAUAUUGUAAUCCGGCCAACGUUUCGCACUUUCGCAGUAAACUUCGGAAAAGUGGGCGCGGCGAACAUCGCCAAAAUCUCGCGUCGGACGAUCGUCCGACCAUACAAUCACGGGAGGCACCAUGCAAGUCUUCGGCAACUAUCACCCUGUUCACCAUGAGCGGUUUUAUCACCGAGCAAAUCUACAUGUAUAGCUUGCAAGCUAGCACGAUGGAGGCGGCCGAAGUGAUCAACUAUGAAAACGCCACCACCUCUGAGCCUCAAGCUCCCUGUCCGAUGCGCUUUUUUAUCAAUGGACCGCCAAGUCUGGAAAGGGCAAAACCAAUUUCCUUCCUAUGGCCCAUUUCUAUACCGAUGCCAAGGCUGGAAAGUUCCCUCAGUUGA